UAUUGUUUUAGCUAGGAGUAUGUACAAAUUGUCAAUACUUCCAGUGCCAUUUGUGCCAGCUGUCAGCAUGAUCAGUGGCUGUACUGAUUCGGCCAAGUGAGUAUCGAGGCGCACUCGGAAAUCAUUGGUGUCACUGCCAGGCAACUUUCAAAUCGUGUGCUUGAUCGUCGUUUUCAGGGAAAUUUGAACCAAUAAUACUAUAGGUUGUUCGUAAUUGAUAUUCGUCUACUGAUCGUCGAAUCGAUCUGCACUACAAAUAGUAGAAUUAUGUCAUCACUUCCCCCGGAUGCAGAUGCUGAAGAUGAUGAUGAGUUAUCUGAACUCCUCGAUAGCGCCUUGGAUGAUUUCAACAAGCACCUCACUGCUGUUGGAGCCUCAGCGCCACCUGCAGCAGCACUAGGCGUAGCAGCAACAGCAGCAACAGCAGCACCGACAGCCACUGCUACUUCGGGUCUUGCGAGCAGUACCGGUUCCACACCUUCACUGGAUGAUGGUCGUGAUGCACAAGCAUGUGCAGUGUCUAGCAGUACUGAGUCUGCAGCGGCAUCCAGUAGCAAAGCUACCAGUGCAGCUACAGCUACUGCUGCUGCUGCUGCUACAUCAUCCGCAGCUGCAAAACCCAAACAGAAAAAGAAGAAGACGUCAUCGUCGUCUUCGUCAUCGAAAUCUCCCAGCUCAUCGGCCCAAGCUGCCACUGCGAGCUCUCCUGAAGCGGAUGAAUGGGUGCGGGCAUUCAAUGACGAGCUGAAGUUAGCACAGCAAGAGUUUGGCAGCGCUAUGCAACAGUUUUCUAAUGGAGAUCCGGAGUUUAACGCCCAGUUUGAACAGAUGAUGAAGGAUCUAGAGGCAGGUGCCAGUGGCAAUGGUGCUGGUGGUAUGGGCAUGCCAAUGCCCAAUCUCUUUGGUGGACUUCCAACAGGGCCGGACGCAAACCCUUUCGCUUCGGCAGCCGCCAUGGCCGGUGCUGGCAGUGCUGCAUCAGCGUCAGCAGCUUCACCGCCCAGUGCCGGUGCUGGUGCUGGUGGUGGCAGUCUAGAAGAGCAGCUUGCACAGGCUGUCAGUGGUAUGCAGGAGAACCUGAAAAGCUCAGCGGACGUGAAGGCAAACACAGGUGAAGAGGAGUUCAUGAAGUUACUGCAGCAGCAAAUGGCUGCUGGGGGUGGUGGUGGUAGUGGAUCUCAAACACCGGACUCACUUGAUAGCAGUGGUCUGAUUCCAAUGAUGGAAACAAUGAUGCAGACUCUGCUGUCACCGGAUGUGCUCUACCCGUCUGUCAAGGAGCUUUCUGGAAAGCUUCAAGACUGGCUGGUGAACCAUGGCAGUGAGGAGUCGUUGUCCGCCGAUGAUCGCACUCGCUACUCAAAGCAGCUGGACAUCCUGCGCUCUGUCUGCUCCAUCUACGAAUCCAGCGACGAGUCGGCGACUGAUGCGAGCAAGAAGGAACGCUAUGAGACCAUCCUGCAGCUGAUGCAACAGCUACAAGAGCAUGGUCACCCACCAGACGCUGUCAUGCACGAGCUGGCUCCUGACAUGAAGCUCGAUGGAGCGGGGUCUCCCUUGUUUCCUGGCUUGCCACCGCUUGGCGGCAUGGGCAUGCCGGGCAUGCCGUUCGCACCUCCAGCUGACGGAAGCCAGGGCGGUGAGCAGUGCUGUAUCAUGUAAGCUGAGUAGUGCAGGUUUGUGACGGUCUGUCGUCCCCCUUACUAUCCUACUACCGACAGCGAAUGGUAGACAUUGCGUGUGGAAAAUGCCCACAUACACAGUGCGGUGCUGGACGCCAACGCUGAUCUUCAAACGAGACCAAUGGACUUGCUCGCAGGCCACGGACACGCAGUGCCCCCCAGCUCUAGACUUGCAGGCACGUGUCGAGAUGUCAGUCGCCAUUCCUCAGUAGCACCGUCAUCGGCGCACUGAUCCACUGCUUGUAUUGCCGCUGCCCGGCAUGAGUGUGAUGGCCCAGUCGGUGUGCUUGUUUCCUCCCGAUUCAUACCCAACCUUGUCUUCUGUUUCUGCUGGCUUUGUUUGAUUCACUGAUGAUGACGUCAGUGAUUUGAUUCCCUCUCAGUCUGGAAUGAUAUUAGUGCUUUUAAAAAUAUCUAUAUAAACCAAUUACUGUUAUGUCACCAUAUUACUGAGACUUGGGAAACAUAGGCAAACACCAUUUGCCAAAUUCUUCCUACCUCACUUUCUUCUAUUCAGUGUUGUGGGAGAUGUGAUACAGACCACAGAACACACUUUGAUCUCCUUAUUCCAUUUUAGAACUUUCCUCAUUCGAAAGUAUGUGGAAGGCAUAUGCUGCUUUCUACACCCCCCCCCCCCCCCUCCCAUACACACUCACACGCCCUGACCCUCAUGUGAGGCUCACCAAAUGCAACAAAGUCAUAGAUUCAACUUUUUUUUAUUAUUAUUGUUAUUAUUUACUUCUUCAGAGAAAUUGUGAAGAAGUAUAGUGAUUUCAUGAUUUUUUUCUCCUACUGACUUGUGUUUUCUAGAGAACUGAUUCAAUGAAUUGAUAUGUUGAUGGUUAGAGAGAAGACAGCAUGACGGAA